UGUUUUGCAUCUGAAACUGCCAGCCCCAGAAUGUUGGCCCUUGCUCUCCUAGGCUUUCUCUGUGUCUCAGCUUCUGCCAAUGAUGUUCAGGCCAAGUCCUCCUCUUACAAUGGAGAAUAUGGAAGUGCUAGCGGACAACGGUUCUCUCAUUCUUACAACCAGUUGGAAGGUCCCAUCACUGCCAUCCGUAUUCGAGCCAUUGCAAGCUACAUCAGCGGCCUCCAGGUACGCUAUGGUAAGUCGUGGAGUGACUAUGUAGGUGGCACAUAUGGAGACCUGGAAGAGAUCUUUUUGUACCCUGGUGAAUCUGUGAUUCAGGUGACUGGUAAAUAUGACACUUAUCUGAGGAAGUUGGUCUUCGUGACGAACCAAGGCCGCCACUGGUCUUUUGGAGGAGACACAGGCACAAGUUUCAAUGCUGCUCCCUUGCACCCCAACACUGUACUUCGUUUCAUCAGUGGCAGAGCUAGUGACUACAUCUAUGCCAUUGGUCUGCACUGGGGUGUCGACCCUAGUAGUCACAACAGCUGCUGAACCCUCGGCUUCUUGUUUGCAAGGGCUACUGUGUGGGAACGCCCCUGUCACCAGUCCUUUCCCAAACAGCUUAAUAAAUGUGC